AUGAGACUGAAACCAUACUUUGACCCUGAUGACAGACCAACCAAUCCACCAACAGAACUCGAGAAUCAAGAAGAUGAGCUAGAUCCAGAGGAGAUUCAUGAUGUGAACCCUUCGAAUGGGAUAACAAGACAAAAUGAUACAAAUGUAAGAAGUAAUGAAAGUAGCCAGAAUAAUGUAAGAAAUAGGCAAAAUGAUAGGCAAACUCAAGUUGUAAAUAAUGAAAGAAGUAAGCAAUCAAGAGGAAAUAACAAUAGUAACAGAGUUAGAACAAAAGGAACUGAGACUGCACCACGGCAAGAUGCCAACAGAAAUAGUAAGAAUAAAAGAAAGGAAAAUGAUAUACCAAAGAAAAGUAAUGUAGAAAAGCAAACAAGUAGAGAUACAAAUCAGCAGAGACAAGAAGCCAAAAAGGAUACAAGAAAGGAAGAUAGUGAAAGACAAAAGCCAAAUAAAGAAAAACAUAGCAUGCAUAGAAAUAAGAAUGAAGCACAGAAGAAGCAAAUAAAUGAUAAUAGAAACAAAUGCCAAACACAAAGUAGAAGACUAGAUGUGAAUGAUAAAUCAAACCAUGAACAGAAAAAUGUGACAAUUAGAUCAGACAUAUCAAAUAAGAAGUCAGAGAUAAUGAACCAAAGUCAGAACAAACAUGAAGCGCAAAAACAAAAUUUACAUAAUGCUGUAAACCAGAAAUCAGAAAUAAAAUCGAAAUGCAUAGAAUGCAGAAAAGGAAUAUGUAAACCCUUCAAAGUAGAAGACAUUAAAGCAAUACUAUCAUCAAACCGUAGCAAUGGAGCACUGUACUAUAAAAUUAAGUUCAAUAACAACAGCACUGAAUGGCACUAUGAUUGUAAAAUUCCAAAUCAAUUAAUCAGAGAAUUCCACGCAAACAAAACCAUGUCAG